CAUCAACAGCUGUUUCCAGUGGGAGAGUUUCCAGAGGAGUCUCAUAGCCUUCCUGAUAUUCCUGCUGGCGGUGUGGCAUUGGGAGUUCUACAUGUUGCCUCUCUGUCUGGUUCUGCUCAUCACAUGGAACUAUCUUCAGAUUGCAUCUGGACGGGCCAACCAGGACCUGGAUAAUAUGGACUUGGGCGAUGAAGAUGAUGAAGAUGAAAAGGAAUCCGAGAAGAGAGGUUUGAUGGAAAAAAUUCACAUGGUUCAAGAGACUGUCAUCACUGUCCAAAACCUGUUGGAGGAAAUCGCAUGCUUCGGGGAGAGAAUUAAGAACACCUUUAACUGGUCAGUACCGUUCCUCUCCAACCUUGCCUUCCUUAUCCUGGUGACAGUAACAUUUCUGACAUACUUCAUCCCUGUACGAUAUAUCCUUCUAGUAUGGGGAAUUAAUAAAUUCACCAAGAAAUUACGGGCCCCGUACGCCAUCGACAACAAUGAGGUGUUUGAUUUCCUGAGGAGAGUUCCUUCAGAUGUUCACAAGGUGCAGUACAGCGAGCUGAAGACUUUGAGCGCCCAGAGUCCUCUGAGGAGGAAGAGAACCAUUGAGAGGAGGUGAUGGAGGAGUGAUCUAUGGUCCCCAAUGGAAGACAUGGCCAUGUGCACACUGUUGCCACCUCAGACUUGUGUCCUGUGUGAAACUGGCCGUAUAGUGGAGGAUAUGCAGGGCAUAUCUGGAUCACAUUCCUCUAUGUUCAGAACUGGUUAGAAAACUGCUCCUGGGUUACUGGUCCUCUGUAGCUCCGUUUGUAGAACAUGGCACUUGCUGUGCCGGGAUAGUGGGUACAAUUCCUGAGAUCACCCAUAUGUAUACACGCAUAACUACGUCUCUUUGGGAUAAAGCAUCUGCUACAU